AUGCAAUCAGCCGCCGUGGACCCAAGCACUGACAGGAGAGCUUGGCCCCGAAUACAGGCAAGGAUCCGUGAGCUGGCUGGGACCCGAGUACUAGCAGAGAUCCGCGAUCGGCCCGUGACCCGAUUACUAUCCGGGAUUCGAUUACCGCCGGGAUCCGAGCACCGGGAGGGAUCCGCUAGCGGCCUAGGAUUCGAUUACCAGCCGGGACCUGAGUACCGCCGGGACACGAGUACCCUUAGUAUUUAUUUCAUUUUAUACACAAAUAAUCCAUUCACCUUCGUAUGUUCUAGUGACUCUCUUAGUUUCAGGGAGCUGUCGCCCUCCGAGACCAACCUCUCCGGUAGCGAAGGAGACUAUAUCGAACCAAAGGAAGUGUGUGGCCGUCGCAAUACAGUCACCAGAAUUGUGGGAGGCCAGCAAACCACCGUACACGAGUAUCCUUGGCAGGUUGCACUCGUCUCCAAGUAUUCAAAUAGACCUUUCUGCGGUGGUUCCAUCAUCUCCGAUGUGUGGAUUCUUUCUGCAGGACACUGUGUAAAUAGUAACACUAAGAAAAAUGUCAGAGUCGUUAUUGGGGAACACAAAUGGGACUCAAGUUCUGAAACCUCCAUCACCAGCAGGCGUGCAUUAAGCCAGGUUCUUAGGCAUAAAUAUUACAGUUCCUCCACACUGAACCACGAUAUUAGUUUGCUGCGGCUUGCUGAUCCCAUCGUGUUCCCCAGUAAUAAUAAGAUUGCUCCAGUGUGCAUCCCGUCUGCAGAUAAUCUUUACGAAUCCGUGAAUGCCAUCGUCACCGGCUGGGGAACACUCUAUUCAGGAGGAUAUCAACCCACUACGCUUCAGGAAGUGACUGUACCCACCAUGAGCAACAGACAGUGCAAAGCAACAUCCUAUUCCAGCAGUAGCAUUACUGAUAACAUGAUCUGCGCUGGUUUAUCACAGGGUGGCAAGGACUCCUGCCAGGGCGAUUCUGGUGGUCCUAUGGUGACUUACAGAAAUGGAGCAUAUGAACAGAUUGGUAUCGUAUCUUGGGGAUAUGGGUGUGCUUCUGCCAAUUACCCAGGAGUUUACACUCGAGUUAGCGGUUUAGAUAACAGAAGACAAUCACAACAAUACGUUGUAUUCCCGGUGCAGUCUACAGUUGUAGCAGGCAGCAGUCAAAAGGAAGUGUGUGGUUCAUUCGGUGUCUAG